UUUUUAUUGAGAAUGAGGAGGACUGAUGUGAAUAAUUCAGGUAUGGUUGUAAGGUUCACUGAAGAUAGUAACAUGAAUUUUGCAUAAUUUUUAAUAACAUGACAUAUUUUCUGGUACUAUAUUUUAGGCUAUAAUUGGGAGAACCAACAUAUUGAAGAUCAUUGUCAAAGUUCUAGAAGACGUGAAAGGCAUGAAAGACGUCAUAGUGGAGAGAAAUCACCUGAAUAUACUCAAUGUGAUAAAUCCGUUAUGUGUCAGAGUCAUCCUCCUGGAGAAAAACCCUAUGAGGGUAUUCAAUAUGGUGAAGCCUUUGCAUGUCUCCGUAGGCUCCAAAGACAUAAAGGAAGACACCCUAAAGAAAAACCCUAUGUAUGUGACCAGUGUGGUAAAGACUUUCCAUGUCACUGUAGUCUCCGAGUUCAAAAAAGGACACAGACUACAGAGAAUCCCUAUAAAUGUAACAACCAAAGUGAUAAGGCCUUUUCACAACACAGUCAUCAUAGAAAACAUAAAAAAACAACUGCUGGAGAAAAACCUAAUGAAUGUAAUCACUGUGGUAAAACCUUUGCAUGUCACAGUGCUCUUCAAAGGCAUGAGCGAAUUCAUACAGGAGAGAAACCUUAUGAAUGUAAUCAAUGUAGUAAAGCCUUUGCACACCGUGGUCAUCUUCAAAGACAUAAAAGAACACACACUGGAGAGAAACCUUAUGAAUGUAAGCACUGUGGUAAAUCCUUUGCAGUUCACAAUACUCUUCAAAUCCAUGAGCGAACACAUACUGGAGAGAAACCUUACGAAUGUAAUCAAUGUGGUAAAGCCUUUUCCCAACCGAGUAAUCUCCAAAUACAUAAAAGAACACAUACUGGAGAGAAACCUUAUGAAUGUAAUCAAUGUGGUAAAGCCUUUGCAAGUCAUGGUAGUCUUCUAUAUCAUAAAAGAACCCAUACUGGAGAGAAACCCUAUGAAUGUAGUCAAUGUGGUAAAGCCUUUGCACAUUACAAUCAUCUUCAAAUACACAAAAGAACUCAUACUGGAGAGAGACCCUAUGAAUGUAACCAAUGUGGUAAAGCCUUUGCACGAAACAGUCAUCUCCGAUUACACAAAAGAACACACACUGGAGAGAAACCAUUUGUAUGUAGCCAAUGUGGGAAAGGCUUUGCAAGUCAUGGUAGUCUCCUAUAUCAUAAAAGGACACAUACUGGAGAGAAACCCUGUACAUAAAUUUAAUGUGUUGAAUCUUUUUCACAUUUCUAAAGUCUUCAUCAUCAUGAAAGAAUUAAUACUGGAGAGAAACCUUAUGAAUGUAGUUCUCAUCAUCCUGAAAAUACACUGGAGAGAAAUUCUGGGAGUGUAAGCAAUAUGGUAAGGCCUUUGUGUAGUGGGUUUGUUGCGAUCCAACACAAUGCAAACGCCAGAUAAAUGCAAAUGACCAGAAUUUAUUGUAAUCAAGUUUCUACUGCUCGUUUAGGACCACAGAAAAUACUUGGAAGCUGAACUGUGACACCUCAAUCCCACUGCCCAUCCCCCUUCCCCACCUUUAUGCCGCUACCCCUGAGCCAGAAUAUUACAGAGCUUUUAAGGUUGAAAACCACAAACAUCUGUGCCAAGGUGCAGCUACAUUUUCUCACCAAUCAGGUUUUAAGGUUCG